AUGUCUUCCUCACAAGUUAAAUGGAAUUGCUCUGAAUGUGAUUAUGCUCCAAGUGAUCGUCGUAAAUAUUGCACCGAAUGUCACUCAAUGUUAACGUGGGCAUGUACUGGUUCAUCAAGGUCCGGUCUGUAUACGAAUUAUUAUCGUCAUCGUGACAAUUGUAGCUUUUGUACACCAGAACUUGAAGAAGAAAAACAACACGAAAUGGAAGAGAAACAACAACAACUUCGGGCUUUAGAUGAUAAACAACGUCCUUGGUUCGAAUGGAAACGUACCAAUGCAUCUUGCAUUCAACAUACCGGUUAUGACGUCGAACAAGUACAAGAAUUAUACUCUAUGUGUGAAGAACCAUUGAUAAAUUAUUGCUCUCAUAAGAACUACCGACUUACGGACAGUGCUGCUACCUUUUAUUUAUCUCCUAUGAAUAUGCUUGUCGUUACACUAUGGCAUUUGAAACAUUAUCAUUCUGAACGUUAUAUUGCUUCGGAAUUGAAUAUAAGUCAACAAGCAGUGAAUUAUUUAUUGUCAACAGUUGUCGAUAUUUUACACUCGUGUGUGUAUCCAGAAUUAAUUUCAAUACCUGCUAAUAUAUCUAGCAGUAGAACACCACACGGACCUCAACAAUACCACAAGCUAAUAGUCGACUCGACUUUUAUUGCAAUUCCGGAACCUUAUGAUUCACAACUACGUAAAGCAUAUUAUCACGCAAAAAGUUCAACAAAUUAUGCAUUGAAAGUACAAAUAGCUUGCGACUUUCAUCAUCGAAUAGUACAUGUAUCCGAAUGUUAUCGUGGAAGUGUACAUGAUAUUACAGUUCUAAGAGAAUCAGGACUAUUAGAACAUGUAAAUGAUGAUGUGCAAAUUAUUGGUGACAAAGGAUACAUUGGUGAAGAAUAUGUGGUGACUCCAAGAAAGAAGCCUCGUGGACGUGAAUUAACAGAUGAAGAUAAGGAUUUCAAUUAUGACAUUAACAACGCAAGAGCAGCUAUUGAGAAUAUUAAUCAACGUCUGAAAACGUAUGCAAUUCUUGGUGGUGUCUACAGAGGAGCUAUUGACGAUUUUCAUAAGGCAACAAAAAUCGUACAAGUCGUUUGUGCUCUAUGUAAUUUGAACUUAAUAAAACAUCCUAUUCGUAGAUGAAUACAAUCAUAACUUGUAUUUUCUGAUUAAUUACUUAAUAAUGAAACCUAUCGCUUUUUCAUGUUGUCAGAAAUAUCUAGUGGAGAAUGGUGUACGUUAACAAAUAUGAUGUGAAGCAUGUUUACCAUAUAAUCAUAAGGAUGUCCUUAGUAAUUCUCAUUUUUACCAAUAUCUAUAUAUCAAACAGUUACAGAUCAAUAGCAUUAGACAAGUGGUAUAAGUGAUAAAAAGAUCACGUUUUUCUGAUAGAUAGUUGAACCUACAUGAAUGAAUGAGUAUCGGGGUAUCCUGACAGUUGGUCACGCCCAUAUACACUUUAUUGUGAUUCUUCUAGCUGACGUUAUGCUUUUCUUUUUUUAUUAAGUUUUUCUUUUAUAGAAAAAAUUUAAGAUUUUAUUCUAUUCUUCAAAUAAAAUAAAAAUUAUCCCAACAUCGGGAUCCUUUUGAGAUUAAGUAUUAAUAUAUCUGUAAAACGAACCCAAAUUUUGAAGUCCUUUCAAUUAGGGGUAGACCAUUUUAUUUAAUGGGACUUAAUUAAUGACAUUAAUUAAUGACUUCACUUAAUCAUUAAUAUAAAUGGUUAAUUAAAAAACUAAACUUAAUUUUAAAUUAAUGUAAAUGGUCCACCCCUACUUUCAAUGUCUUAAUACGAU